ACCGGAUAAAAAACAAUCCAUGGCAAUAACAAAAUGGCGGAAUAACAAUACUGCAUUGUGGGAAAAAAUAACUGCAUCUGUGCUUCCUAGAAGAUGAAUAAGCAUCUACUGAAAUUCGCUAAAACACAAUGACACUUACAGGCCUUGAACAGUUCAUUAAGAGAGUGUCCUCACCGGACGAAGAUGUUGAAGUUGUCCAAGAUGCUUCAGAAUUUGAGAUUCUCAUAGGGCGGCACCGGGCAGAGAUAAAGCGGAAGGCUCAGUAUCACUGGAGUUUGCUGCGGAACUGCAUCAGGAACACCAUACAAGCGAUAUCAGCAGCUGACCUCAAGGACAUUGUUGUCAGUCACGGGAUUCACCACGAGAGACAGAUUAGUCACACACGGAAUGUGCAACAAGUUGUCUUUCUCGAGUCAAGAAAGGAAUACUUGACAAGUGAUGGAGUCAACUUCAGGCUGUUCACAGAGGAAGGUAAGAAGACGGCCGUUAUCACACCUGAGGAGCCCAUCGACAGAAUCGCAUACGCCUCUGAAACCAACCAGUUCAUCGGCUGGAUGCACAAGAAAGAAUCUGUCUAUCUAUUAGGAGAUGACUUUGAAAUAAUUUCACAAGCGAGAGCACCUGAUGCUAUCCACUUUGCAACACUUAACAAGAACACCGGAGAACUUCUUACGAUUGGACCCAAUUAUUUUCAGAGCUGGGGAAUCCGGUACGGGGCUCGGCACCUCAUCCCUCGCCUGACGGCGAACACUCAGUUUGGAGAAGAUGAUAUGUUCUCCAUGUACACACUGGAAGACACUGCCGGGCGCUACCAGAGAAUAUUCUUUGGUUAUGAAAAGGGUGUGGUGGUGUACAGUGUGUACGAGGGCAAGCUGCUGGAAUGCAAGGAUGACCUUCAUGUCAGGACCAUCACUGCAAUGACGUUUUUUAACCCAACCAAGCAACUCAUCACUGGAGCUAUGGAUGGAACAAUUAAGAUCUGGGACAAAACGUGGCACGUGAAGAUGGUGUUUGUGGGUCACAGUGGACCCGUCAACGAUCUCAGUGUGUAUCCGUUCGGCCCCGCCGUCAUGUCGGUCAGCGCAGACAAGACUAUCCGUGUGUGGAACAUGGAAACGUGUGACAUCGUUGACUGUGUGUCUGUUCCUGACUCUGUGGAAGGUCUUGGUACAGUGAUCAAGUACGACUUCUUCUAUACAUUUUCUGGGCCAAAGGUCGACCUCUGGAGAAUCCAGCAUCUGUAUCAAAUCCACACAACAAUUGGAUACCGUGUGAACACGAUCAAGAUGACGAACCACCCACACCUGCCAGUGCGGGCCGUGGUGAUGUGUAAAGACUCCAGUAUUCGGAUCGUGUCUCCGCGAAACGGCGAGGUCAUUACAACGAUGAUGCUCAAUCCAGCCAAGACUGGAGGACUGGUGGAUGCAGCUUACGCUGUUGCUGAGAAUGUACUUUUCACAGUAGUGGGCAAUGGAGACAUCAUCAAGAGUGUUACCUCCACCAACCCGUGUACCAUAGUGUCAACAUGGACAACGGAAAACCCCAGAAAGCUGUGUAACUACCUGCUGGUAUACGAGUACGUGGUGGAGCACCUCUCGGAGCAGGACAUCUGGGCCGUGACGAAGCGCGGCGUCGCCACCAAGAGCAUCGACCACCUGCCCAAGACACAGCAGGGACGCAACCGCACCCUGCUACUCGGGGGCAGGAAGGACGGCUACAUCUGCGUCUUCAACUGGGAAACCGGGAAGGUCAUGUUUAAAGUAGAGGCCCAUGGGACUAAAGGUGUCCUCAGUAUGAUGGCUAAUUCUGGCUGUGAUCAGCUCAUUUCAGCAGGAAUGGACAAUGUGAUAAAGGUGUGGCGACUGUAUCCGUUUGCCGCCGAAGCGCUGGCCCCUCUGAUGUCGUUCUACUGUGCGCACACACCGGCCUACAUGUCGGCCUGUAAGAGCAUCCUCAGCGUGGCCUUCCAAGACCCGUCCACCGCGACAUUCAGCACCGUUGUGUACCACCUCAAGAGUAAAAGUCGUUACGACCACGAGCCGAAAGACGACCAUGUGGAUUCGAUCACGGGGAUGUCUUCCUGUCCUCGCAUGAAGCUGUUCGCAACCUCCAGUCUCGAUGGCACGAUUCGCAUCUGGAACGAAACAAAUAAUUUGGUCAGAGUGUUAAAGUUGGACAUCGUCCCGUACAGUAUUGGGUUUUGCAGUAAACGAGGAGACAUCCUACUGGGAGCUGGAGACCAUCUGUUCAUCAUUCCAUAUUCAGCGUAUAUGCCUCGAGCAUUCACAUUCAAAAUGAUGUCGAUGACCUUCUCGGAGGAUGGUCCGGAAGAACCUCUACCUUACAACGAUGACUUGUUACAAAGAAUGGACAAGGCAGACGUGAAGAGGUUAAAGAACUCGCGUGCAUCUUUGAAGUUUGACAGUUACGAGGAUAUUUUGACAAAAGAAGAGGCGAUGGAAGUCAAGAAAGAGAAAAUGAUGAGAGAAGAGGCUUUUGGCAUUCUUGGCACCAGAGAAACGGACAUCAGAUUGAUCCGAAAUGGAGACAUACAAGCCAGGCACAAACCAAAGAGUACUAAAGAAACCAAGGCCGAGGCUUUCCUCAACUACAUGAAACUGUUCUACGACAUGCCAAAGAUUCAGUUACCCAGGGAAGAUGAGUUUCCCGAGGACAGUCUGAAAGAACUGCUGUCGCCUAAAGAAAUAGAACACAAAGAGGAAUCUUAUAAGCCAAACCAAGUAGAAAAAGGAUUCUUUGAGCCUAUUACUUCCCGUGCCAAAGCGACAGCAUCGGCCUUGGAGCCACUCCAACCGGGCUACCCGGUGAGCUACAGCGGCUUUAUUCCUAACUCCAUCCUCGUGAAGUUGCUAUGGCCACCGGAGGUGGAAGACAGCAGUUUAGAAGAGAAGCCGUACGUCCCACCAACGUUAACGGCCUCGCAGCUCGAAGAGAUUCAUGGGAUUCAUGGUGACCGCAUGACAUCUCGGUUACACCAUUCCGUCACCUUUGCAACCCGAGAGUCGACGGAUAUAACUCAGCGCGUGAUGGCGUUCAACUGGGACGAAGAGGAAAAGGAGGACACUGAGGUGGCCGAUGAUGAGGAAGAUGGCGACGAGGAUAAAGUUGAUGCUGCGACAGAAGACGAAGUGACCACGUUGCCCACACCUAAACCGGCCGCACACAAGCUGACGCCACCGCCGUUUUCACCGCUUGUCACCCCUGAAGGGUCGCGACCUAGCACCCCUGAGCGAACUCCGACACCGCCCUCGAAGAAACUGUCAUCGCUGAUGUCGAAGUUUGAGGAAAUCAUGCAGCGAUCGCCGUCUCCACCCGUCAAGCCACGCGACGCAUCACCUUUCGAUGUCGAUUCUUCAUUCACCUCGUCGAUCAAGUCUGAGUCUACGUCGUCCAGGCUUGCAAAACCCCACAAACCGGUGGAGAAGCUGAUCUCCCGAGCCAGGAGCAGACCAUCACUGAAAGCCAUGCCGCCCAUCGAGCCACCAUCACCCGUCCCGUCUCCACGGCCUGCCACACCCGCGCCUCUACCGGACUAUGUUCGCCAGUUCGAGCAUUCCUCUUGGUUCAAGGAGCAAGUGUCCGGCAUGCUACUAAGUUCUGGCCCCGAACCUGUGGACUCGGACAAUUUUGCUGCGAUGCUGAUCCGCGCGCUGCUGGCCGCUCCGAUGCGGGACAAGAAGUACAUCACCGAGGCGCUCAUGAAGCUGUACCGGAAGGAGGGCGUGUCCGAAGAGAUGAAGACCAACAUUUCGGUGGCGCUGAUGAGCGUGCUUGACAGCAACGUGUACCCCGUCACGUGCACGCGCCCCGACGACAAGGAGUUCAUACUGGCCGCGCUCGACGCACUGGAGUCCGUCUCCGAAGUCAAUGCCCAGUACGUCAACCAGUUGAUCACCAACUUCCUCGACGGAGACCGCGACAUCAGAUCUACAGUGCUGGCCAUCCUGAGUCGGGGCGGCCUGCACGACCCGUACAAAAAGCUGAUCAGAGAGCUUGACUCGUGGGACAUCUGGAGUCUGGAGCGGGAUGACCGGAAGGCAGAGCUGCGUCACAUGGUCAACCAGUGGCUCAAUAGAUGGAUGACCUCGUACAGGCUACACAUGAAGGACACCAUGACCCAGCUGAAGAACGGCAAAAGUCUUCACGGUCGAAUCUCUCGGGGCCAGCUCCAGGGACAUGGGUCGGGUCAUGGGUCGCCAGGACACAAGUCACCAGGACACAAGUCGGGGACGAGGCGGUCAAGUUUGAAAAGAAAAAAAUCGGUCUCGGUUGCAGAUGUUCCAGGACGUAGUGUGACAGUGACUGUUGAUAACCUGACGGACGCCUCGGUGAUGGACGGACUCACCUACAUGGAUGCUAUCAACUACUUCUGUGAGAUGAUGGUCGAGAGGGACGUCGAGAUGCUCAAACGACGGAAAGCGUCCGAGAAGAAAGAAGAACAGUCCUCGAUGGAGGCGAAACUUCCAAAAAACACAGUCCUCGUGUUGCCAAAACCUCCACACAAAGCUGCGCUUACUCGUCUUGGAGAGAUGCAUACAAGUCACUGUAAACCAGAGAGAGAAACCAACCUCAGCACUGAUUACCGAUUUGUUUCAGAUUACACUGUGCCUGGUGUGCGUUCCAAUAAGCACGAUGACGAGAUCUUUAAAAUCACGCGCUUCAUCAACCUGCCGAUGAAGACUCAGUACAUGAACCCAUUUCCCAGCGAGAUAGACAAGUACGACCGGCGUUUCCAGGAGUCCAUCCUCAUCACGCUGAAAUCGUCACAGAAGUUUUUCUUCCCGGAAAAUUCGCAUGUCAUAUUACCGCCAUGCAGCUGAGUGUAGUUAAAAAAAUAUAAAUAAAAAAUGACAGUGCAGUCAGAAAAUUCAAUAUCAAUGGCUGUGAUUUAAAAAAUAUAUAUAUUUCAGUUGAAUAAGAAAACUAUUUUUUAGACAUGGUGAGCUGUGAUUUAUGAUUCAGCUAGCAUUUACGAAAACAAUUUUUAAAACAUGGUAAAAUAAUGGCCAAAAUGUGUGAAGUCAAUUUCUGUUGUGUUUUUUGUCAAUAUUAGGUCAGUUGUCUGUGUCAGUCAUCUGUGGGUCAGUAUUUGUGUGUUGUUUUCCUGUGAUUUUGUCUUCUCGCCUUUAUCAAGUGGAAAGACGAGAUCGAGGUGUGGCUAUGGCGGUGAUGUCAACUUUUGUGUUUAGAUCAAUCUUAAAGUUUUGCAUUUAUCUCCGUUUCUCACUAAACUAUAACUAUAACUGAAUUUGGUAUUUUUUUCAAAUGUCAUGUUUUUUAAUAUCCAUUGAGAUCUAUGGAUGUAACUGUCUGUGCCAUGAAUAAGUUUAUGGAAGGCGAGACAUUUAAUUCUGGACAGUUCUUGUGAUCAAUAUCUUGUGAGUGUGGCUGGACUCCAAUCCUCAGUGUGAUCAUUGUUGUGAUUGAUUUUAGUGGCUUAUGAUCGAUCUUACAAUCGCUGUGAGUAGGGUCAGUAUUAACGUAUAUAUUACCAUUUUAAUUAACUUACUGUUUUAAAACAUGAUGCUGAUAAUUCAUGGAUCCCUAUUACAGAAUACAAUCUUAGCUAAGCUUAAAUAUAUUAAUUGGAAGUGGGGGAGAGGUGCAUUGCAACUCCCAACUGUGAAGAAAAUGCAUUGCCUCCUCCCCCCCCUCCCCCAACUGAAAGGCAAAUUAAUACAUAACGGAACCCCUCAGUUGUUGACAUCCUCUGACGCUUAUGCUAUAUCUGAUAUUAAAGGCUUAAGAAUGAUCUGGAACAAUUGCUGUUUGUCAUUUACAUUGUAAGGCCUAUACUAUUACCUCUUUAAGUAACUUAAUUUUUUAAAUGUGUUUGUUUUGUUGAAGUUUAGUGGCUUACAGUAACUGUUGAUCCAAGGAUUACAGUGUGCAAGCAAGUUUAAGUAACUUACAAGGGAUGGGAAUUCUCCUCGGAUCAGCUGUUUUCCUCUCAUGGAACAUUGCAUUUCAUCGCAUUUUAAUCGUCCUUUCCUCCAAAAUGUGUCAGAUGGCACAGAUUUUAACCUAGGCUUUCAAGAAUUUCCGGGACCCCUCUAGAUUUCCUCUUUUUUACAGUUCACCAAUUCCCACCCCUACUUACUGUUUCGAACUUAAAUUUGUAAUGAAAAAUUCAUGAAUCCCAUUCCACAACACGAUCUAGAUCCUGUUGUGGAAUCAGAUUCUGGAAUUGUUCAUGGUAUAGGACUACGUGUUACUGACAUUUGUGGCCUUAAGAAUAAUCUUACAUUUUCGGUACGUACAUUUAUAUAGGACCUAUAUUAUUACCAUUUUAUAUAAUUAAACUGUAAAACAGGAUAUUUUUUGGUGGGGUUUUUAAAAAUAUUUUUUUGGGGUGGUGGAAUGGGUGGUAAUUCUUGUACCGAUUUCAUGGAAAUUGAGGUCAGAUGUAUGAUUUCAUGUUAGGUCUCACUACACAGAUGUCAUCUGCCAUUGAAACCCAUGUUAAAUUGCACAACUUCAAAUGAAGAUUGACAAUAGAACGGGUUCUCGUUGGCACUAACAACAUACACCAUUGCGAAUAUACAUGUACAUGUAUAAGUAUUUAUUUUAACUCUAAAAUUGGAAACAUUUUCGCCUCAGGUUUUUUAAAAUUAUUAUUAAAAAAAAAUUAUUACCCCCAGAUCAUAGGCAAUGUCAAGGUUGGGAAGCCUUUAAUCACUGUCUUACAGUAUCACAUAAAAGUUAUAUACAAAUAUUAUGACAUACCAAAUUAUAAAAAUAUAUAUUAUAUGUGAUGUUUAAGAUUUUCUAUUUACAAAUAUGAAUCUAUAUAGGCUUCCUCAUACAAUUAGUUUCCAACUUGUAAUCUGAGGGUCAAAAGGAAAUAAAAUUAAAAAAAAACAGAGAGAAGAGAAGGAAAGGGUAAGCUUUUAGCUAUAUGACCGCAUCUGGCUGUAGUACCGGUCUGAACAGGUGGUUCAUUAACUGAUUCACUCCGGCUGU